AUGGACAACCCCUCGUACCUCCGCGGUUGUGCCGAAGAAAACCACUACGAGAGCCUACAAAGACACUUUGCUAUGCCGCUCCGCAUCCAACCCGCCUCUACUGAUACUGCAUGCGUCUUCGAAUUUCUCGAUCUCUUCCAUCAACGUAGAGUUCGGCAACUCACCCAGCUCACACCAGAUGACUGUCGUCUUUUUUGCUGGAAGGACUGCGCUAUUUAUAGCAAAAAUAAGCUGCCGUUGUCUGACAGUCUCUCACUGCUGGAUAAUAUAUACCGGGAGUGGUUCCCACAUCGGGCGGCAGACAACGAUGUCAGUGAUGGGAGUUUUUUUGCUAAAUACAUGUAUUUCGCACAAGACACGGCUGGGACACUCCAGGACAUCCUGCAUUUUCAUCAGGUGCUCUGCGAGAAGUUGCGCGAGCUGGAAAGGGAGAUGCCCCCCACACUGCCAAUUAAUCCAUGUCAUGUUUUUGUGGGCCAGCCGAAGCCUAGGGUGGCUGAGUAUAAACUGCGAGAGUCGUUUUCAUUGGUUUUCAUUGUACUGGAUGCUGGGUGGCAGGAGCAGGGUGUCCUGCUUGUAUGGAGAAGCCAGGAUGAUGCGUUAAAAUAUAAUUGCAACGAAGAUCGAGAAAUCACGGGAUAUAAUAAUGGUGGUAAUUUAGGCCAAGCCUGUGUAUUCCGGUGUCCACUGAAGCGCGCGAUGCAGCUGAUCGUCUCAACAGACCCAGAGAGGGCGAAACAACAGGUGGAAUACAACGAAGUUUUCGAGGAAAACCUUGGUGAAGUUAAUGACGGCGAGCAGAAGGAGCACCUCCAAACAAUUUAA